AUGCCAACCUUGUCCUGGUGCCCAGAGACCACCUGUGGGGAGAAGGGGCCCCCAAGAACGUCGGGGCGCUACUGGGUCCGCGCCGCCCCCGCCCAGGUCUCCCCGCGCCACCGGUCGCCAGCCCACGCACGCUUCGCGGCCAGCCAGCCGCAGACCGCCCGGGUACCUGGCUCAGGAGCGUGGCCCGGGCUCGGCGAAGCGCUGGAGGAACACCGUCCGCAGCGUGCGGGGAACGCUCCUGCCGUGGGCGCGCGCGCCCGGCGGCCCCCGCCCGAAACCGCUCCGGCACCCGCGCGGGAACGCUGCGGCCCGCGGCCCGACGCAGCAGGUGUCAACUGGCCUUGCCACGGCCCCAGUCGGGGUCUUGAGAGCGGGGCGCGGGCGCGACGCUCCCGCGGCCGGCCCUCAGCCUGCCUCGGCGCGCGCUCCCAGCCCCGGGCGCGCCGGCUCCGCUCGGCUCCUCUCGGCUCGGCGGGGGCGGACGCCGCGCGGCUCCGCUCGCCCGCGGCCGCCGCGCGCACCUCCCCCGCGGCGCGCCGCUCCCGCCGCCGCCGCCGCCACCCAACAGCCGGAGUCGCUGCCCACAGCUCGUGGGGGAAGGCGCCGGCGGGCCCAGGCUGUCCCCACGCGCCGGGCGAGGACCCCUGCGCACCCCGCGGCUGCUCCCGCCGCCCCGCCUUGGCCGGCCCACUCGGCGACGCUGUCGGGGCUCCGGGCCAGGCCACCCCUACCUUGGCGAGGCCGGGGUCCACCAGCGACCCCGACGGGCCUGGAGGACGAGGCGUCCACGUUCUGGCUCACUUGAAUACCCUCGAGAGGGAUUCGGCCCCAACUCCAGCCUCAACCUUCCAGGGAGCAAGAGCAGGGAGCUUUUCCUGCAAGGAGGAAGAUGAACGUGAACUGUUUCCCCGCAGAGACCGAGGCCACUACAGCUUACACGCGAGAAACUUUCACACUCCAGCUAGAAGAGAAAAAGUUAACGUUCAGAGGGUGUUAUCUGACGUCUGAAUUAUCAUUGACGGCGCUGUUAUGUGGGGACCACCCGGAAUCUGCACCACAUCCUGGCGGACAACUGAGGACCCGAGAAGCCGACGUCUGCACGACUCGUUGCAGAAGAGCCAGGGUAGAACCCUGGAAGAGGCAUUCUACACCUUUGGCUUUAAGUGGGAUCAAAAUCCCAAAUACAAGAGGAGACAGGGAAAAAAGGCUAAAGACACAUCCCAGUCACUUGAGCAUAUAAAGAGAAGUUGCCUUUGAAAUUUUUUUAUAAUCCUUUUAGCACAAGCUAUUUGCUUAAAGGCACCGUUUUGAUGGUUAAGAGCUUUAUAAAUUUCUUGCAUGAAAGCAAUAAAUAUAUAUUGGGAAUCAGUCUACAGACCCCAAGUUAAUCACCUGCAUUCGAAAUAGACAGAUGACUCAUCACCCUCAGGACAA